CGGGCGCGGGGCGGGGGCGCGGAGCCGGCGCGCGGAGCGCGGCCGCCGGCCCGGCAUGGGCGUCUCCCGCGGGCCCGCCGCCGGCCGGGGCUAGGGCCGCAUGGAGCCGCGGGACGGCAGCGCCGAGGCCGGGGGCAGCGGCUCCGAGUCGGCCUCCGCCUCGUCCAGCGGCUCCGAGCGCGACGCGGGUGCCGAGGCGGACCGGGCGCCGCGGCGUCUGAGCAAGCGGCGCUUCCCGGGGCUGCGGCUCUUCGGGCACAGCCACCCGCCUGCCCCUGCCAUGGAGACCUUCUUUAGGAGACACUUCCAGCGGAAGGCGCCAGGCCCUGGAGAGGGGCAGCGGCGGCCCAGUGGCGUGGGGCUGCCCACGGGCAAGGCGCGGCGCCGCUCGCCUGCGGGGCAGGCCUCCUCCUCGCUGGUGCAGCGGCGCCGCUCCAGCUCGCAGCUGCAGGGCUGCCUCCCGGGCUGCGGGGUAGGGGCCCCGCGCCCCAGCCGCCGGCGCUCCAGCACCACGCCCCCCGCCUGCAACCCCCGCUUCGCUGUGGACGAGCUGCCCGCCCCGCAGCCCGGCGCUGCCGGGGCCCGGCUGCCGGGUGCGCCCCUGCUGCUGGCCGGGCUCUUGGGCAUGGAUGAGGACGAGGAAGAAGGGGUCCAGGAGGAGGAUGCGGCAGUUGCAUCACUGAGCGCCGCCCAGCCAGGCGCCGAGAGGCUGGGGCCACCCCCGCGCCGGGGCGCCCUGCCCCUGCCGCCCGUGCCCCGCUGGCGCGGACGCCGGGCCUCCGCCCACCUGCUGCCCGCUGACGCGGUGAAAGGCCGCGCCCUCUGGGGCCUGCACGGUUACUACAGGCCCCUCGGCCAGCAGCGGCCCUCGGGCCAGCACCCCGGCCCGGGGGGCCGAAGAGCCUCGGGCCCCGCCGCUGGCCCCGGGAUGCCUGCCUGCGUGCGCCCGCUGUCCCGCAGGCGCCAGGUAGCCCUGCGGCGCAAGUCAGCCGGACCCCACACCUGGAGCGCCCUGCUUGCGAAAGCCAUCACCAAGUCGGGCCUCCAGCACCUGGCACCGCCGCCUCCCGCUCCCGGGGCCCCCUGCGGCGAGCCUGAGCGGCCGAUCCGGAGCACGGUGGACUGGAGCGAGUCGGCGACGUAUGGGGAGCACAUCUGGUUCGAGACCAACGUGUCCGGGGACUUCUGCUACGUGGGAGAACAGUACUGCGCGGCCAAGAUGCUGCAGAAAUCAGUGUCCCGGAGGAAGUGUGCAGCCUGCAAGAUUGUGGUGCACACCCCCUGCAUCGAGCAGCUGGAGAAGAUAAAUUUCCGCUGUAAGCCAUCCUUCCGGGAAUCAGGCUCCAGGAACGUCCGUGAGCCCACCUUCGUGCGGCACCACUGGGUGCACAGGCGGCGCCAGGACGGCAAGUGUCGGCACUGUGGGAAGGGCUUCCAGCAGAAGUUCACCUUCCACAGCAAGGAGAUCGUGGCCAUCAGCUGCUCCUGGUGCAAGCAGGCCUACCACAGCAAGGUGUCCUGCUUCAUGCUGCAGCAGAUCGAGGAGCCGUGCUCCCUGGGAGCCCACGCCGCCGUGGUCAUCCCCCCCACCUGGAUCCUCCGUGCCCGCAGGCCCCAGAAUACCCUUAAGGCAAGCAAGAAGAAAAAGAGGGCAUCCUUCAAGAGGAAGUCUAGCAAGAAAGGGCCUGAGGAGGGCCGCUGGAGACCCUUCAUCAUCAGGCCCACCCCGUCCCCCCUCAUGAAGCCCCUGCUGGUGUUCGUGAACCCCAAGAGCGGGGGCAACCAGGGCGCCAAGAUCAUCCAGUCCUUCCUCUGGUACCUCAACCCCCGGCAAGUCUUUGACCUGAGCCAGGGAGGGCCCAAGGAGGCACUAGAGAUGUACCGCCGCGUGCACAACCUGCGGAUCCUGGCGUGCGGGGGGGACGGCACGGUCGGCUGGAUCCUCUCCACCCUGGACCAGCUGCGCUUAAAACCGCCGCCGCCUGUCGCCAUCCUGCCUCUGGGCACCGGCAACGACUUGGCCCGCACCCUCAACUGGGGCGGAGGCUACACAGAUGAGCCCGUGUCCAAGAUCCUGUCCCACGUGGAAGAGGGCAACGUGGUGCAGCUGGACCGCUGGGACCUGCGUGCUGAGCCCAACCCCGAGGCGGGUCCUGAGGAGCGAGAGGACGGCGCCACCGCCCGGCUGCCUCUGGAUGUCUUCAACAACUACUUCAGCCUGGGUUUUGACGCCCACGUCACCCUGGAGUUUCACGAGUCUCGAGAGGCCAACCCAGAGAAGUUCAACAGCCGCUUUCGGAAUAAGAUGUUCUACGCCGGGACAGCCUUCUCCGACUUCCUGAUGGGCAGCUCCAAGGACUUGGCCAAGCACAUCCGCGUGGUGUGUGACGGGACUGACCUGACCCCCAAGAUUCAGGAGCUGAAGCCCCAGUGCAUUGUCUUCCUGAACAUCCCCAGGUACUGCGCGGGCACCAUGCCCUGGGGCCACCCUGGGGAGCGCCACGACUUUGAGCCCCAGCGGCACGACGACGGCUACCUCGAGGUCAUUGGGUUUACCAUGACAUCCCUGGCAGCCCUGCAGGUCGGCGGGCACGGCGAGCGGCUGACCCAGUGCCGAGAGGUGCUGCUCACCACGGCCAAGGCCAUCCCAGUGCAGGUGGACGGCGAGCCCUGCAAGCUCGCGGCCUCCCGCAUCCGCAUCGCCCUGCGCAACCAGGCCACCAUGGUGCAGAAGGCCAAGCGGCGCAGCGCGGCGCCCCUGCACAGCGGCCAGCAGCCGGUGCCCGAGCAGCUGCGGGUGCAGGUGAGCAGGGUCAGCAUGCACGACUACGAGGCCCUGCACUACGACAAGGAGCAGCUCAGAGAGGCCUCCGUGCCGCUGGGCACCGUGGUGGUCCCGGGAGACAGCGACCUGGAGCUGUGCCGCGCCCACAUCGAGAGGCUCCGGCAGGUGAGGCGCGGGUCCGGGGCCUCCCCCCGCUGGCCCCCGGUUCUGGUCGCCCCCAGCCCCGGCCUCUGCUUCUCUCGACAGGAGCCCGAAGAUGCUGGAGCCAGGUCCCCAACGUGCCAGAAACUGUCCCCCAAGUGGUGCUUCCUGGACGCCACCACUGCCAGCCGCUUCUACAGAAUCGACAGGGCCCAGGAACACCUCAACUACGUGACCGAGAUCGCACAGGACGAGAUUUACAUCCUGGACCCGGAGCUGCUGGGGGCGUCUGCCCGGCCUGACCUCCCAACCCCCACGUCCCCUCUGCCCACUUCGCCCUGCUCGCCCACGCCCCGGUCCCUGCCAGGCGAUGCUGCCGCCCCCCCAGUGCAUCACACGUACGGUCACGCGCUGCCCCGAGCCCAGGCUGCGGCGCCGGAACGUGACAGGGAGGUGUUCUGUGCAGGUGAAGAGCUGAUCGAGGCUGCCAAGAGGAACGACGUCUGUAAGCUCCAAGAGCUGCACCGCGCCGGGGGGGACCUCGCGCGCCGGGACGAGCGCGGCCGCACGCUCCUGCACCACGCCGUCGGCACCGGCAGCAAGGAGGUGGUCCGCUACCUGCUGGACCACGCCCCCACGGAGAUCCUUGACGCUGUGGAGGAAAACGGGGAGACCUGCCUGCACCAGGCGGCGGCCCUGGGCCAGCGCACCGUCUGCCACUACCUCGUGGAGGCCGGGGCCUCUCUCAUGAAGACGGACCCGCAGGGCGACACACCCCGGCAGCGGGCUGAGAAGGCGCAGGACACGGAGCUGGCCGCGUACCUGGAGAACCGGCAGCACUACCAGAUGAUCCAGCGGGAGGACCAGGAGACGGCUGUGUGAGGCCGGCGCCGGAGCCGCGGGAGGGACCGGCCGGCCAGAGGACCAGCCCCUCCUCCCCCCCCUCACUGCCACAUUCCAGUUGGACGGCCACAGAGGGACCCAGGCCCCAGGGAAGGAGCCCCGUGCGGCCCCCCGAGGAGCCGCCCGGACCUAGGGCUGGACUCUGAGGAGCUGGGGGGGGGGGGUCUCACCCGGUCCCCCGAGGCCGCAGCCUAACCUAGAGGCUCACGAGGGACCAGGAAGCUGGACUGGGAUGGGCAGGCCUCUGGGCGCUGGGCCGCCCUCACCUUCCCUGCAGGGGGUGCCCUGCCGUGUAGAGGCCGCAGCCAGGAGGGCAGAGGGCCUUGAGGCCCCAUGAAGGAGCCCAGGAGGAGGCUUCCUGAGCCUCCCGGUCCUUUGGGACCCUCGUGCUGAGGCUCUUGGGAGCUUGGGCCCCGCUCCCGCCCUGACCCCCCCUCCCCGGGGCUUCCUCCUGGAAUCCCGGAGUCUGCACUCUUGCCUGCCCUCCCCCAGCUUAGCGCCUACCCAAGACCCUCCUCCCAAACCCAGUCAUUUCACCUCCGACUGUGUGGCCUGGGGGCCGGGGUGGGGCUUUCACGGUGACUUGUUUACAGCUGGGUGUGACUCAGUAAAGUGGGUUUUUUUUCCUUGC